UUAAGCGCGAUGGGAAGAAUGCCGAGUUCGGACAUUUUAGUGCUCCUCUUCAUCCAUGUACUUCUAUUGCUCGUGCGAGCACAGAGCCCUGACACAGAAAGCUUGGAGGCUGGCCCUACUAAUCGGCGGAUAUCGAUUCCCACAAUCAUAGCGCAAACGCAUUGCAGAUGGAACGAAAAGUGGAAAUGGUGCCAAAGCCCCGACUGUGCUGAGUGGAAAUGCGAGUACCUGUUCAAAGAGUUUCCCGAGAAGUGCCGCUUUGGCUGCAGGAGCAAGUGCUUCUGUCGACGAGGUUUCUUCAGAGAUUACCAGGACAAAUGUGUGGGUUACUUCAGAUGUCUCUACCAACGCAAGCACUACCAGACCGGCCGCCAAGAUUUGCAAGUGGAAUGAAAGGUGGAAGUGGUGUCAGAGUCCCAACUGCGGCGAGGCGAGAUGCGAGUACCUGUUUACGGGGUGGCCUGCACAGUGCCAACUUGGGUGCAAGAGCGCAUGCUUUUGCCGCCGUGGUUUCUUCAGGGACGCCAAAGGUGUCUGCGUUGGUGCACUUCGAUGUCUGUUCAACCGUAAACUCUACGUUACAGGCACUACAAGCCGCGGAGAGUAAGGGUAAUAUCGUCUUACGAAUACCCGAGGUGCGAAGUGUGUGUCUGAAGAUACGAGAAUAAUAAAAAUUGUGACAAGGGUGUCACAGGAUGCAGCGAUAGAGAGAGAGAGAGAACC